AUGGAAAUACGGUCAAAAUUCUCCAUUCGACUGAUAGUUCUCGCUAUCACAAUAAACCUCAGUCUUGCUUUGCCAUCCUCUCCUCAGCCGUAUUCUUGGACCGGUUCCUUUGGUGAUGAUGAAUCAUCCGAGAUAUCCCCUUUACGAGGCCACCCAAGCCUACUCGGUGUGAUCACGAAGGAGGUCAAUCCCGAAAGCAGUGCCAGCGUAUCCUCCGACAAGUAUGAGCUUGCUCCGGGGCAAGGUGCAAGUGCCGAACUUGGCAUUCCUUUCACUUUCGAAGACACGACCAACCCCCAACCUAUACGAGGAGACCUCGGCUCCACCGACCCCGGUCCACGAACCUAUAGCUACGAUCGCCUUAACCCAGAUACACUCGCUCCUCCAGGCUCGGAUAGUGGUGAUGUGGAACAGGCAAAGUGGCCUAUGGGACUCUCCCAUAAUCGGAUUCUUCCUGGACAUGCUGGUUGGUCUCGACAAGAGAAUGUACACAACCUCCCUCUUGCGACUGCCAUGGCCGGGGUAGAUAUGAAAUUGGCACCAUGGGCUUAUCGAGAGCUGCAUUGGCAUAAGGCCAAUGAAUGGGGGUUGAUACUGAAUGGGAGUGUUCGUCUCCAGACAAUGAACGAGGAUGGCCAGACCUUUGUCGACGAUCUCACGGAGGGAGAUGUAUGGUACUUUCCGAGCGGUAUACCACACUCUCUCCAAGGCCUAGACAAAGGGUCUGAGUUCAUGCUAGUCUUCGACCAAGGCGACUUUGAUGACGGCGGCACCAGUCUGGCGUCGGAGAUGUUCCUUCGUAAUCCGAAAGAGGUCUUGUCCAAGAACUUGCAGGCACCACUGACUGACUUCGAUGAUCUUCCGAAAGACCAACUCUACAUUUUCAAUGGCACACCGGCGCCGAAGGACAUCAAGGAGCAGAAUGUGACAGGACCCGGAGGGUUUGCAGCCGGUGCGGAAAGCUACACCUACCAUCUCUCGAAGCAAAAAUCAUAUGAGACCCCAGGUGGCAGCAUCAAGAUUAUUGAUCCAAUCAAUUUCCCGAUUGCCCGCAACUUCAGCGCUGCUCUGGUGACCAUCAAACCAGGGGCAAUGAGGGAGAUACACUGGCACGGCACAAGUGACGAGUGGGGAUUCUUCAUUUCGGGGAAUGCCCGUGUCAGCGUAUACAUUGCACCAACAUCAGGCGCUACAUUUGAUUUCUCCGCGGGCGAUGUUUCAUACGUCCCCGCGACAGCGUCACACUACAUUGAGAACAUCGGAAACGAAGAUGUCGUUUUUCUUGAGGUUCUUCAAGCACCGCGCUUUACGGAUAUCUCGGUUGGGCAGUGGUUGAAGCUCACGCCGAAACAGAUCAUAAAGGAUACCCUUCAUCUACCGGAUAGCCUUUUGGAUAACCUCUCGCCGAAUAAGCAAUACAUUGUACAGGGAAACACGAACCUAACGUCAGCCUUAGGUAGCCGUGGACCUACGUAG